CUCGCUCUGUUACCGCAGCGGUGGUGUGAUCACGUGACUUCUGCAUUUCCGACACAACAAUACAACACCGGUCUGCAUUCACGCUCCUCUCUCCCCCUCUCCCCCGGCUCUCGGUAUGGCGGACGGCGAGAGGUCCCCGCUACUGUCAGACCUGGGAGACGGUGCUCUGGGCAGCGGUAACGGCGGGGUGUCACCCGGCGCGGCGCCCUACGGAGCCCCCAACAAACCAAAGAGCUUCCCUCCGUUCCCCAGCCCGACUCAGCCCUCGGUGCUCCUAGGGGAGGACCCUCCGCCCUACUCUCCUCUCACCUCCCCGGAGAGUGGCAGUGCACCUGUUAUCAGCUGCAGGGUGUGUCAGAGCCUGAUCUCCGUGGAGGGAAAGAUCCACCAGCAUGUGGUGAAGUGCGGGGUUUGCAAUGAAGCUACGCCCAUUAAGAAUGCUCCAGCGGGGAAGAAGUACGUUCGCUGCCCCUGCAACUGUCUGCUCAUCUGCAAAGUCACUUCCCAGAGGAUCGCCUGUCCCCGGCCAUAUUGUAAGAGGAUAAUUAAUCUGGGUCCGGUUCAUCCUGGUCCGGCCAGUCCUGAUCCCCAGCCAGCCGGGGCCCGGGUCUCCUGUGGACACUGCAGCAACACCUUCCUGUGGACAGAGUUCACAGACCGGACGCUGGCCAGGUGCCCACACUGCAGGAAAGUCUCCUCCAUUGGCCAGAGGUAUCCCCGAAGGCGGAGCUUGUGGUGUUUUCUACUCUGCUUGCUAUUCAGCAUCUCCACCGCCGGGCUGAUGGCUGGAACGUGGGCGAAGGCUCAGACCUACCAGGGGAUCUACGCCUCGUGGGCCGUGCUGCUGCUCCUGGUUCUCGUCACCUUGGCCCGGGCCUUCUACUGGGCCUGCAUGAGGGUCAGCCAGCCCCUCCAGAACUUCACAUAGAGCCCCCAUCCAGACCCAAUUCCGCUCCUCUCUUCCCAACCCCCCGCCAGGCAGGAGGAAAGAAAAAAACAACAAAUACACACACAAAAAAACAGAUUAUUUAUUUCAAUCCAACUCCAGAAAGAGAAACUUCUCUUCUCCUUCUGCUCCUUCCCUUUUAGUCAAUUAUGUUUCUAAAACUGGAUGGCGGUGGCUGCGACUGCUAUUUAUCUAAUGGUAAUUAUGAUGAUGCAUAUAGCCUAAUGUACUGUUUAUCUGUUCUAAUCUUGUGGCCAGUCUGGGGUUCAUUUUAACAUUAUAACAGUUUUUCUUCUCUGCUUUCCCCCCUGCGCUGUUUAUACUACAAUUCUGCCCUUGACUUUGACUUUCUUCAAUCCUAAUUUGACCAUUUGGUUUAGUAUUUAAGCAUUUAAAACAUUUCAAACGGAGAAACAAAUGAUUUUGUGAAAGCGGCGAUGAAGUCAGAUGAAGCGAACACAUCAAUGCCAGCAGAAGACGGCUGUGUGUGGCUGGAGGGACAUCAGCCCCCCCCCCCCCCCUUGUUAAGCGAAAGAAGUAGGUGUUGAAAUGUGUCUAGAAAAAUUUAAUUCAGCAGCACGUGAAGGUAGGCUAUCAUGUUUUAUAAACUCAGUGUUUUCUGCUGAAUUAUCCCCCUGGGACUGACUUUGAUCCAAAGCAGCUUGAAAGCCUUAAAAGGAGGUGUGGUAGAAGGAUUCAACACACACACACACACAUGAAUACAUACCUACACACAACAAAAGGCUCACAAACGGUCUCCCCCUUCAAAGACGGACCUGCAAACUGAUUUUCUCCAUUUUGCUGUCCUUUUUUCAGCGAAGUAAAAAAAGUGACACGCAUGCCGCUUUGCAUGAAAGUUGGAUAUUUAGUUCUGGUCCCGUAAUCACAUCUGUUCAUCCAAACUAUAGCCAACAGGUUUACAUUUAUAAAAAAUAAACUUUUUAUUGUUUAGUUUCCCGUUAUACCAAACUCCAAUCGCAUGUCUCCAAUUGACAAAUCAUGAGCAGAGAAAUGUGGCACAAUCCUUCCUCCCUUUUUUUAAGAGACGGCUUUACUUUAUUACAGGCGCCUGUAUAGAUUUGACCUGGAUUGAUUUUUAUGCUGCUUCGCUUUCCGAAACAGACCAAAAUAUGAAACAAAACACGAAGAGCUAUUGGCUGUUUCAACAUUGAUAUCUGCCGCCUAAUACCCACAAAAACCCAGAGUACAAGAUGUGUUUUUCGAAUUUCUCUCUGUUUGUUGUAAGCUUUCAUGCUCUCAAACAGCACUACAUAUUUGUCUUGGGAGAGGACUAAGCUGAAUUUUAAGGGCCUGUUUGUAUGUUUUAGUUAGCUGAGGUUGAAUCUAUAAAAGCAAAAACAACAGUGAGCUUAAAAGCUCCAGAUAGCAACCCCCAAAAUGUUGGGAUGUACAUCAAAAUGCAUCAGGGCUCCAAAGAGACAAACUGUAAUUGGCGUAAAAAAAACCAACACCAUGUUGCUAAAAAUCUGACAGUGUUUUGUUUGCACUUGGGACCAUUCAUGGUGGAAAUACGUCAAUGUUUUUGUCAUUGAAGAUGGAGGCUGUUAUUGAGCUUUCUUGUUGAUUGGUUCCAGAUGGAGCGUCUACUUUUAAUGCCAGUAGAAUAAAUCAGUUAAGAGGAAAACACUACCUACCACACGAAGCCUAAUGCCAGUCAGAAUAGGUCAGUAACAUAAACACACACUACAUGCUACAUUCUCACUCAUUAAGUCCCAUAAAGACUUCUCUGUCUGUGGCUCUGAAUGUGGUAACAUUUCUUCUGUAUGUAUUUUUGUUUUGAUUGUAAAUAUAUUUGUUGUUUAUGUACAAUGGAAGUGACAGAUUAUGUUGCACUCCGAGCUUAACACUACUGCUGUGAUCGCUGCGGACGUUUUAUUUUUUUUGUUUUAAAGAAGGUUCUUUUUUUUUGCAACCCUUCACCUGUUACAUAUUUAAUGAUUUGAUGAACUACUAACCUAAUAAGCCUCUGGACACCAAGUCGUGUCCAAAUCUUUUAACCACAAACACAUCAACAUACUCACAUCAACAAAACAUACUCAAGCAAUCACAUUUCUAUCUCUCUCACACACAUAAACACAAACACCCAGCACCUUAUACAGUAGUGAGAAACACUGCAUACACCAAGUAAGAUGAGAAGAAGUUGCCCUGCUUGACUGAACUGAGGUCGCAAACGGUUCACAUGGAAGUGUCAUGUUAUUUAUUAUACACGCUGCAAAAAAAGGCCACAAAUAAGUCAUUUAUCAAGUCCUAAAAUCAUAUUUAUUGUUGGAAAAUGACUUCUUUUUUCCUUCUUUUCUUUUUUUGAUUAAUACAAUGAUCCACCAGUUUCACGUUAUGGUCAGUGCAUUACUUUUUAAGACUGUGAAAUAAAUUACUUGUUGAAGACCUUUUUUUGCAGUGGAGUGAUCAUGUUUUAUCCAUGACUGCAAAAAAGAAAUCAAUCAUGUUAAUGCCAAUAAUAAAGAACCUGGCUGAUGCUCUUUUCAGAGUUUGUUUACACUCAA